AUGAGGACCAGCUUUAUCAAGCUUGUUAUCUUGUUCUUUCUCUUACUGAUCCAAAGUUUUGCAGAUUUGGAUCAUAGUGAUGAUGAAAUAUACUACAACGGAUUUAAACACCAUUCUCUGAAGUUUGACGGUGAAGCUCAAGCGGAUCUAGAUACCGGUCUCUUGAAGUUAACCAACUACAAAAAACAGUAUGAACAAGGUCAUGCCUUCUACUCUAAAUCUUUUCAUUUCAAAAGUAACUUCUCCUUCUCUACCACUUUCGUCUUCGCAAUAACAUCUGAAACUGGCCCGAGUGGUCAGGGAAUGACUUUUGUUAUUGCACCUCAAAGAGGACUACCAGGAUCUUUAACACACCAAUUCCUAGGCCUAUUCAACAACACCAACGAUGGGAAAUCCACAAACCAUGUCUUUGCGGUGGAGUUAGAUGGUAUCAACAAUGUAGAGUUUGACACCGUUCAAGGUGCACACGUUGGAAUUGAUAUCAAUAGUCUAAGGUCUGUCAACUCCACUUCCCCUGGGUAUAUCAUUGACGGGGAAUACAAGAAAUUAAAUCUUAGUAGCGGGGAACCGAUGCAGGUGUGGGUAGAGUAUGAUGGGGUAGACAAGCAAGUUAGUGUAACAAUGGCACCAGUUAACAUAUCGAAACCACACGUUCCUCUCUUGUUAUGGCACCAAAAUCUCUCAACUAUAUUCUUAGAUUCCAUGUACGUUGGGUUUUCAGCGUCUACCCAAACUGUACUAACAAAUCAUUACAUAUUGGGAUGGAGUUUUCAGAUUGAUGGUAUAGCUCGGCCGCUAAACCUUUCAAGCCUACCUAAGCUUCCUCAGGCUCCACCAAAUCCUUCACCCCCACCGUCACCUCCUCCUCCCACACCUCUUCCUCCUCCUCCUCAUCCUUCUCCUCCUCUUAAGCCUUCAAACAACAGACAGAUAUGGGUGAAAAUUGCAACGGCAAUAGCUGGCUCAGUUUUAAUUUUGGCAAUAUUGGCAAUCUUUGCCUUCUGUUAUUUUCGAAAACAUUAUAGAAACAAGGUCCCAGUACGGGCACCAUCACCUCCACCAGUAGCGGGGCUUCGGAAGUUUUCAUAUAGUGAGCUGGAAGAGGCGACAAAUGUGUUUAGGGAAGAUAUUGGGGUAGGUGCAUUUGGUACCGUCUACCGUGGUGUAUUACCUUAUUCUGAAAUCCAAGUUGCUGUCAAGAAAGUCUCUCGUGAUGCAAAAUAUGGAUCGAAGCAGUUUAUGGCGGAGAUCGAGUGUCUGGGUAACCUUCGACACCGAAACGUGGUACAUCUCCAUGGCUAUUGUGAACACGAAGGACAGCUACUUCUGGUCUAUGAUUUCAUGCCCAAUGGAAGUGUAGAAAAGUUUCUCUAUCCGAAACGGAAUCCCCUACAUUGCACGCUUCCUUGGAGUCAAAGAUUUCAAAUUAUAAAAGAUAUUGCUUCUGGAUUAUAUUAUCUACACAAAGGGUGGGAACAAGUUGUGAUUCACAGAGACAUAAAAUCCAGUAAUGUCUUAUUGGAUAGUAAGAUGAACGCAAGAUUGGGCGAUUUUGGUCUUGCAAAACUGUAUGAUCAUGGAGCGGAUAAUUCUCCAACUACGAGAGUAGUUGGUACUCUUGGAUACAUUGCUCCAGAAAUGCAUUAUGGAAUGCCAUCAACCCAGACCGAUGUGUACGCAUUUGGGGCUUUCUUGCUCGAAAUUGCUUGCGGGAGAAGACCAAAUUUGGUGGCGGAGCGGGGUCUGCAUCUGGUUGACUGGGUUUUAUCUACUAUGAAGGAAAAUAAAAUUCUCAGUACUGUUGAUAAGAAGUUAGGAGGUGAAUAUGCAGAAGAAGAGAUGCUUUUGGUGUUAAAACUCGGGUUAAUGUGUUGCCGUUUGGAUCCCACUGCUAGGCCAAGCAUCCAAAAAAUCCUCCAAUUUUUGAGUGGAGAUGCUGCUGAAGCCGAUUUACGCAACCUUCACAUGAGGGAUGAAGCACCUUUCCGCUAUGUAGGGGGAGGAAAUACAUCACCUCUCUCUGGUGCAUAUAGUGGUUCUACAUCACCUGGCAAUGACCCAGCUCCCUCUAGGCAAAUGGGAUCAAGAUCAUCUGCAAAUGAAGUAGAUUCUUCUGCGAGUCGGAACGUGUUUACACUUUGAGUUAGAGUUGAUGGUACUUUCUUCCAGCUGACAUUUUUAUUUGGGCUUGUUGUUGGUAUUGAGUGCAUAAAUAUGCGACUUCUGCAAGUUCAGUAUUCUUUUUGUACAUAUUGCCAAUUCAAAACAUAAGAGUUGAUUAAGAUGUAAUCGAGGGACUG